ACCAUAAUAAACUACUAUAACAAGCCGAACAUUCACGACGGACUUGACAUUAGUGUGUACCACCUUGGAGUGUGCACGUGCACUCGCCUUCUCUCCUCUACCGGGACAGUUACUCCGUAAAUUUGUUUUGUCGUCCAUAGUUUGGUGACGAAGUCGUCAAUUGUGGUCGUAAUUGGAGUUAUGGCAGGAUUUACGGAGAACGCGCUUGUGAAGAAACUUAUGGAUCUUAAUCCAUCGCAGCAGAGUAUUCAGACGCUGUCUUUGUGGCUAAUACAUCACAGAAAACAUCAUGGAACUAUCGUCAAGGUCUGGUUCAGGGAGAUGUGCAAAGCAAAGGACACUCGCAAGCUGAUGUUCAUGUACUUGGCGAACGACGUCAUACAGAACAGCAAAAAGAAGGGACCGGAGUUUGGCAGGGAGUUCGGUAAUGUUCUCCCAAAAGCAUUUGAACAUAUGAAGACAUUCGAUGAAAAGACUCGAGAGAGGCUGAAUAGGCUGCUUGUCAUUUGGGAGGAAAGAGGGGUGUAUGAUAAGACACAAAUUGCUGAUUUCAAGGGAGCCUUUGAUGCUGCUACAGAACCGAUUAAAGAACCUGGUACUCCACCCAGGAAGAGACCCAGAAACGACAUUGAGAAGGAGGCCCCCAAGAAAUCGGACAAAAAAAUUGAAAAAAAAUUGGACAAAAAAUUAGACAGAAAGGAGAGAAAAAAAUCGGAAACCGAAAUUGAAGUUGAUGGUACCAAAGAACUGCAUGUAACACUGAGCCCAAGAACACCAGCUGGCGAUCCACCGGAAACGGAGGAGCUUAUCAAAGCCCUAAUGGAUCUAGAGAAUACAGCGUCAUCGGACGCUGCUGUAAGAGAGAGAAUUGCUUCACUACCUCCAGAGGUGUCGGAGGUAUCGUUAUUGGCCAAUUUGGCUGAUCGAGCCGCUGCUGAUCAACUAAGUAUCGCUGUUAAUGAGGCUGCAGCGUUGCUUGCUGAUUACAAUGGAAGACUGCAGGCCGAAAUGGAGGACAGACGGAGAUUAUUAACUAUGCUGAGGGAUUAUACCUUGGCACAGAAACAAUUGCUCCAGCAGGCACAAACUACUUUAGAGGAUUACAAAGAAAAAUUGAAGAAAGUUUGUACAGUCAGAGCAGAAGUCAAGUCUCACAUCUCGAAUCUACCAGAUUUAACACAACUGCCAGAUGUAACAGGUGGUCUGGCACCUCUACCAUCAGCUGGUGAUCUCUUCUCACUGCACUAGUUUCUGAUUUGACUCAUCAGGAAGACCAAACCCUGAGAAUGAUUGAUUGAUUCACCACGAAGGAACGAGAGUAAUUGUUAAAUAUGAAAAAAUUCUACGGAUUUUGCAUGGCAUUAUCUACCUCCAGUGCUUCACCGAGAGUCACCGAAUCCUCGAUUUCCUGAAUCAUUUAUAAAUCCAUAAAAACUUCCUCAGAACGCUGUGAUGUUUUAAUGGUAAAACAAUCGGGUAUGUGUUUUAACUAUGUGAAACACGAAUGAACCUUUCUAUUUUCAAAUUAGUUAUUAAUUAUCAGCAGACAGAGAAGUUACUGUCAAAAUACGAACAUAUGUUAUCUGCAAAUGGGCCAGUCCAUGCCUCAAUGGAAACAAUUUAUUUUUAUAACCGGUGAAUUAUGAAUUAUUGACCGGUUGAUAAAUUAUAGCACCCGUUUAAACUGAACAAUUAUAGUGACACAAAUUUUAUUGUGUUUAUGUAACUGAAAAUUAUUGCCUAAAAAGUGGAUUUUUGCAUGGGUUAGUCUACUCUUGCAUAUGAAAAUUGCAAAAGAAUUAAGGACAGGAUACGUAGCUACAAUUAUAAUGCAAUUUUGAUAAUUACUCUAUUCAAUAAAAACGGAAAAUAUGCAACAUUCAAUUUCUCUUCAAGUUUAUCCCCUACAAUCCCCCAGAAUUAGCAGAUUAGUCAUUUAUUUGAGUAAUCCCCUCUCCCUCUGUAAAUAAUUCCAUCUUGAUUUGCUUCUUGAUUUUUUGGAUUAAAUCAUUACUUCACCAGCUCUAUGAUAAAAUUAAUGUGAAUUAAAUCAUAAAUUGCAGGCGAAAAAACUAUUUGUUUUGUUGGGCCCGAUAUUAUUAUCAUUAAUAGUUUUUCUAUAACUGUUCAAUUAGGUGAUUCGAAUUUUUGAGUAGAGAAAAAGCAUAGAUCAAUUUUGCUUUAUAGCAUUAUUUGUGCAUUAAAAAUUAUUAAUAAAUGGUUCCAUCUGACAAAUUCCUUAUGUUGCUUAGGAGUAUUUUUUUAUUCCUAUAAAUACAUUGCCAGUUUAUAUUCACAACCGAAGAAUUAUGAAUUUUUCACGGAUUGGGGCAUCAUAGCACCCGUUUCAUCGCAAUAAUUAUUUCGGCAAAAAUUUUGUCGUUUUUAUAUAAUUGAAAAUUAUUGCCUAAUAAGCGGAAUUUGGCAUGAAUUCUUGUACUGUUACAUAUGAAAAUUGCACGAAAUAUCGACAAACACUACGUAUUUUCCAUUCUAAUGCAAUUUUCAUGCGCAAUCAUUCUAUUUUCAUACACAACAUGCAACAGUCAAUUCCUCUUCAGGUUUAUCUCUUAAUUCCACCACAGUUAUCAGAUUAGUGGUAUAAUUUAAUAAUCGCCUCACCCUUUGUAAAUAAUCGCAUUGUAAUUUCGUCCUUCACUUGUUCCACUAACUUAGAUCUUCACGAGUAAUAUGAAGAAAUUUAUUUCAAUUAAAUUGUAAUUAAAAAGAUGUCAUUAUUUGUUUCGACGCAACUUUAUUAUUCUCCAUGACUCUCCUAGAAUUAUUUAAUUAGAUGAUUCGCGAAUCGUGUGAGGAGAAAUCAUUGGUAAAUUUUGCUUUAUAGCAUCAUUUGUGCAUAAAAAAAAAAUAAACGUUUUCAACUGACAAAUUUCUUGUGUUAUUCAUCCGAAUUCCUUUAUUCCUAAUAAAUACAUCGUCACUAGAUUUAAUUCUUCGUCAUAAGAGGAUUCUCUCAAUCCAGAUGAACAAUUUGGUAACUUGUCCUUGUUGAAAUGAACAUCAUAGGAUUUUUCAUCUCUAACACUUCUUUUUUGAAUCAAUUUUUCUGCUGGAUUUUGAGGAAGACGCCUCAGUUGGUAAUUCAAUUGAUUUUCUGAACUUACCCCACAAAUUCAAUAACUUUGGUCUCAUGUGUCAUGAAAAAAUGGCGUUUUAUUUGUUUUUGUUGGGGGAUAAUUGAACCUACCAGUGUUGAAUGGCAGGCUAAUUGCAGUGGAAAAAUAAUAUAUCUAUAUUAGGGGUAAUCUCAGGUCUCGUGUGGGUGGGGUGGUCGUGUUGGCUUAAGGAUUAGCUUCCCUGUGUCAUCGCAACUCAUAUUGAAAUCACCUAGGACACUUCUCGCUCGCUGGGUUAUAAUACUGGGGGCUAUUACUCUUCUGUGCACCCCCAGUAGGAACAAUACAACU